CUCUCUGCAGUAGCCGCUGAUAUGCAGUGAAGAUGAGUGGCGUAGGAGACAACCCUUCGGAGCCCUUGCGGACCGAACCCCAAAAACGCAAGGAGUGCUCAUCAGAACUACUGGGGCCCAGCACCAAGCGCAGCACGGAGAAGCGUAACCGUGAGCAUGAGAAUAAAUACAUUGAGGAGCUGGCCGAGCUCAUCUUCGCCAACUUUAACGACAUCGACAACUUCAACGUCAAGCCUGACAAAUGUGCAAUCUUAAAGGAAACUGUGAAGCAGAUCCGUCAAAUAAAGGAGCAAGAGAAAGCAGCCGCAGCCAAUGAGGAGGAGGUGCAGAAGGCUGACGUGUCGUCGACAGGCCAAAGUGUUAUUGACAAAGACGCCCUCGGGCCCAUGAUGCUAGAGGCCCUGGAUGGCUUCUUCUUCGUGGUCAACAUGGAGGGCAUCGUGGUCUUCGUGUCGGAGAACGUGACUCAGUACCUGCGGUAUAACCAGGAGGAGCUGAUGAACACCAGCGUCUACAGCAUCCUGCACGUGGGCGACCACACCGAGUUCAUCAAGAACCUACUGCCCAAGUCAAUAGUGAACGGCGCUCCGUGGUCGAGCGAGAACCCGCGGCGGAACAGCCACACGUUCAACUGCCGCAUGCUGGUGAACCCCCACAGCGAGCCGGAGGAGGAGGCGCAGGAGCAGGAGACGCAGCAGAAAUACGAGACCAUGCAGUGCUUUGCAGUGUCAGAACCCAAGUCCAUCAAGGAGGAGGGAGAAGAUUUCCAGUCCUACCUGAUCUGUGUUGCUCGCCGUGUUCCCCUGAAGGAGAGACCUAUGAUGCCCACGCACGAGAGCUUCACCACAAGACAAGACCUACAAGGUAAGAUCACGUCUCUGGACACGAGUGCGUUGCGGGCCUCCAUGAAGCCGGGUUGGGAGGAUCUGGUGAGACGCUGCAUCCAGAGAUUCCACCUGCAGAACGACGGGGAGAUGUCCUUUGCCAAGCGCCACCAACAGGAGGUGAUCCGUAACGGCCAGGCCUUCAGCCCCAUCUACCGCUUCUCCCUGGCGGACGGCACCAUCGUGUCGGCACACACCAAGAGCAAGCUGGUGCGCUCCUCCACCACCAACGAACCACAGCUAUACAUGUCACUACACGUGCUGCAGAGGGAGCAGUCGGUGUGUGGCAUGGGCCAGGAGAUGGGCAGUGGGCAGGCGCUGGGUAAGGGCUGCAUGCCCGGCCAGGGGGCCCAGGGCCAGGACAGCAUGGGUAACAGCACCCCCUCCCCAGCCGGAUCGGGGCCCACCAUGGGGCCCUCGCCAGGGUACCGAUUCAACUGCCCUCCAGGAGGAGGUCAGGGUGGUCCCUAUGGUCCUCUGAAGAUGAACAGUCCGUCUCAGAGCAGCCCCAGCAUGAUGUCGCCACGGCAACGAGGCAGCCCAGGAGCAGCCGGAUCCCCGCGCCUCCCGCCCCCGCAGUUCUCCCCCGCGUCAGCAGGAGGCGCUAGCGGUCUGCAUUCGCCGGCCCCGGGUCACGGGGGUCACGGCUAUACCAGCAGCAGUCUGAACGCGCUGCAGGCCCUGAGCGAGUGCCACAGCCUGAGCCAGAGCGGGUUGGGCUCGCCGCAGGACCGCAAGACCAUGGUGGGCUCCCCGGCCACCGCCGGCUCGGGCACGGGCGGACCCCACACCCCGCAGCACAUGCUCAGCAAGAUGGCCGCCAGCCUGGCCGGGGGAGGGGGAGGGGGAGGGGGCCCGGGGGGGUCAGACGGGUACGGAUCCGACAACCAGCAGCAGCAGAACCAGAACCAGGGCAUGGACCCCAGCCGCACGCCGGGCCGCACCCCGGGCCCCCCCGAGGACCGCUCCGACGGCACGGGGGGAGUCAAGGAGGAGGAGGAGGAGGCGCUGGCCGGGUUUGGGGGCCCGGGGUCGGGGGACGGGGGGGACCCCCAGAGGCAGCAGCAGGGGCAGAGUCUCCACGACAGCAAGGGCCACACCAAGCUGCUGCAGCUGCUUACCACCAAGACGGAGCCCAUCGAGCCCCCCUCGCCAACGGGCCCCGGCAUGGGCGGCAUGGGGGACCCCUCCUGCAAGGACGGCGCGGGGGGGCCCCUGGGGAUGGGGGGGCUAGGGGGCCCUGGCGGGGCAGCGGGACACACCUCGCUCAAGGACAAGCACAAGAUACUACACCGACUGCUACAGGUGAGCACCACGCAGGUGGACCUGGCCAAGCUGACGGCCGAGGCCACGGGCAAGGAGCUGGGGGAGGGGGGCGGAGCCGGAGGUCCCGGGGGCGGUGCUAACGGAGGCUCCGGCGGGCCGGGGGGGCCGCUGGGAGAGCUGACGCCCAAACAGGAGCCGGUGAGCCCCAAGAAGAAGGACAACGCCCUGCUGCGCUACCUAUUGGACAAGAACGACGACACCAAGAGCGGGGACACGCCCCCCGGCGCCGACAUCAAGAUGGAGCCCAACGCUGCCAACGCAGCCAAGAUGGCCGCCGGCAUCAACGUCAAGACGGAGAAGACGGAGAUGGGAUACGAGCGCUCCGGCGACCCGUCGAGUGAGUUGGACUACAUCCUGGAUGACCUCCAGAGUCAGGGUGGUUCCCUGUUUGGGGAGUCUCGUGCGCUGGAUAAGCAGGCCAUCAUCCAGGACAUCCUGCAGAUGACAUCGUCCCAUCCCACCACGCCGCUCGGGCCCGAACAGAAACCCUUCGCCAACAUGGGCCAAGCCGGUUUUGCGGGUGUGCGGCCAGGUGUGGGCGGUCGUGGUGCCCCGAUGAGGAGCAUGUCUGUGGGCUCUCCGCAGGGCGCGUUCCCCCCGGGCCUCCGCACGCCCAGCCCCUACGCCCUCAUGCAGCAGCAGCAAGGCAUGAUGGGAAACCACGCCAACGUCAUGGCCAACCAGGCGGCCAUGGUCAACGCAGGUGUGAUGGGUGCCAACGGGCCCCGUGGUGGGGCGGGGCUCCAGCAGGAGGGGGGAUGGGGCCCCCAUGGCCCCGCGGUGAGCAGCUCCGCCGUGGCCCCGUCCUCCGCCGGCCAGGGCCUCCAGGGGGCGCCAGCAGGCAUGCACGGCCGCAUGGUGCCCAACGCAGCCGGGGCCGCGGCCCAGCUCAGGCCCGGAGGUCAGCCGGGUCCGCGUCAGAUGCUGCCGGCACAGAUGAUGGCUGGAGGCCAAUCCAACAUGGACAUGAGCAUGGUGCACCAGUUCUCUCAGCAGCAGCAGGUGCCGCCCAAUCAGACGGCUCCGUGGCCCGACAGCAUGCUGCCCCUCGACCAGGUGCCCUUCGCACCACAGAACAGGGGUGUGUAUGGUCGGGAGGACGUGAUGUGUGGUCCAGGAGGAGAGGGCGUGUCUGACGAGGGGGCGUUGCUCAAUCAGCUGUUCAGCGUGCUGAAGGACGCCGACUGUGACGAGAUAGACAAGGCCCUCGGGAUACCUGCACUAGCAGGACAGGGCCAGUCCAUGGAGUCUGACCAGUUCCCAGGUGGUGGUGACCCCAGUGGGAUGCUGCUGGAGCCCAAACUCCCGGUCUACCCCCCCCAGCAGUAUGGCCCGCCCCCAGGUCACAUGGCCCAGGGCGACUACAGCCCGAUGCAGGACCCCUCGGGGGGCCCCGGGGGGGUGGCCGGUUUCCACGGCAUGCAGGUGCAGAUGGGCCAGCGGCCCGGAUACCCCAUGCAGCUGCGCAUGCAGCGGCCGGGCAUGAGACCGCCGGGGGUGGGGGUGCCCCCCCAGCCCAACGCGCUCCGACUACAGCUGCAGCACAGGCUACAGGCACAACAGAAUCGUCAGCCAGUUAUGAGUCAGAUGCCUGGAGUGUCAAACAUGAACCUACCUCUCAGACCCAACGUACCCAACACGGGGACCAUCAAUGCCCAGAUGGCGGCCCAGAGGCAGCGUGAGAUCCUGAAUAACCACCUGCGCCAGAGACAGCAGGUCCAGCAGCAGCAGCAGCAGCAGGCCGCCGUACAACAACAACAACAACAACAACAACAACAACAGCAGCAGCAGCAGCGGACCCUGGCCAUGAGGGCCCAGGCACAGGGGCUCACGCUGCCCCCCAACAUGGCGGCCGCAGGGGCCCUCGGCCCCCCCCGGAUGCCCCAGCAGGCGGGGCCCCAGCAGGGCCAGCAGUUCUCCUACCCCCCCAGCUACGGUACGGCUCCCCCCAGCGGGCUAGGCAGCGCAGGCCUGGGGGGCACAGGAGGCCUGGGGGGCGCGGGAGGCCUGGGGGGCGCGGGAGGCCUGGGGGGCGCAGGAGGCCUGGGGGGCGCAGGAGGCCUGGCCUCCCCCCCACCUCCUCCUCCUCCACCUCCUCCCUGCUCCACCAGUCCUUUCUCGCCGGCCUCCCCCAGCCUGCCCCUGCCCCUGCAACUGCUCCAUAAUGCUCCUCCUUCGAUGGCUCCCCUCUCCUCCUCCUCCUCCUCCUCCCUGCAUGGCACCUCCUCCUCCCUGCAUGGCACCUCCUCCUCCUCCUCCUCUGCCUCCUCCUCCUCCGCGAUGGCUCUGGCUAGCCAGGGGAUGGUGGUCGGCAUGGCGACUGGACACUAUGGGGCCGUUAUGAGCCCCCACAUGCAGCACACUGCCUUUACCUUCCCCAGCUCAGGUAUGAGUCAGCAGCCUGACGGGGGUUUCGGGGGUGCUACGACCCCCCAGAGCCCGCUGAUGUCCCCCCGCAUGAGCCACGCCCAGUCUCCCAUGAUGCAACAGGGUCAGCAGGGCGGCCCCUUCCAGUCUUCACCCGACAUGAACGGCUGGAACCAGGGCAACAAUAUGUUCCCUCAGCAGUCUCCGCCCCAGUUCGGGGGGGCGUCCAAUGGGGGUCUCUAUAACGGCAGCAACAUCAACCUCAACAGCGUUUCCAUGCCAACCAACGCCAGCAUGGCGCAGCUAGGCAACCAGAUGAACGCCGAGCAGAAAUACUGUUGACCUCAGCGAUGGCAGAAGAUCCCUGUUACACCCUCCCGGCCUCCACCCUCCGGCCCCGCUCUCCUCUGCUCUCCUCUCCACCUGCGGACAGAAUCUCCCACAACCAGGCGAACGCCCAGCCCAGCCCAGCCCAGCCCAGCUAAGCCAAGACAGACCAGCCCAGCCCAGCCACAGCCAAGACAGACCAGCCCAGCCAUGGCCACUUCCACCCUAGCCUGCUGGGCAACUCCCCAGACAAGUCCAGCAACCCCGGCCCAGGACCGGCCCCAGUCUGGUCCAAGUCCGGCCGCAAGGCGUCUGCAGCCUCCAGGCCUCCAUACUGUACCUGAUGCUAUUGUACCCUCACCACCUCCAGGCUCCCACCUCCAGGCUCCCACCUCCAGCCUCCCACCUCCAGCCUCCCACCUCCAGCCUCCCACCUCCAGCCUCCCACCUCCAGCCUCCCACCUCCAGCCUCCCACCUCCAGCCUCCCACCUCCAGGCACCCGGCCCAGGCUGCUGUUGCCCAAAUCUUACCCAGCUGAGAGUGCACCUGGCUGGGCAGCGUUCCUGCACCUGCCCC